CGCCCCCGGCCGCGAUACGCCGAGGCGCAACAUCCGAGGCAGCGGCCGCGAGUAACCCCGCGCGCGACCUUUCCCCACUGCGCGUCCGCCGGGCGCCGCCGUCUCGCCUCACAGUGCCGUCAUGGCGGCGCUCAGCAAGGCCAUCCCGCACAACUGCUACGAGAUCGGCCACACCUGGCACCCGUCAUGCGGGGUGUCCUUUCUGCAGAUAACCCAGGGUGCCCUGGAGGAGUCCCUGAAGAUCUAUGCGCCGCUCUACUUGAUCGCAGCAAUUCUCCGGAAACGAAAAUUAGACUAUUAUUUACACAGGAUGGUCCCUGAGAUCCUCCAGUCGGCUUCGUUUCUGACUGCCAAUGGGGCCCUGUAUAUGGCUUUCUUUUGUAUUUUAAGGAGGAUACUUGGAAAGUUCUACUCUUGGAGUCCUGGCUUUGGUGCCGCAUUGCCAGCUUCGUAUGUGGCCAUUCUAAUUGAGAGAAAAAGCAGGAGAGGACUGCUCACAAUUUAUAUGGCCAACUUGGCUACGGAAACUUUAUUCAGAAUGGGAGUAGCAAGAGGAACCAUCACAUCGUUAAGAAAUGGAGAAGUCCUACUGUUCUGCAUCACAGCGGCCAUGUACAUGUUCUUUUUCAGGUGCAAAGAUGGCUUGAAAGGAUUUACGUUCUCUGCACUCCGGUUCAUUGUAGGGAAGGAAGAAAUUCCCACACAUUCUUACUCCCCGGAGGCUGCGUACAUGAAAGUGGAACAAAAAACAGAGAAACACAAGGAAAAGCCCAGAAGAAGGAACAUAAUUGCGCUAGUCAGUACACUUAUGGACUCAAUAUGUAAACAUGGACCAAGGCAUAGAUGUUGUAAGCAUUAUGAAGAUAAUUGCAUCUCUUACUGCAUUAAAGGCUUCAUCCGCAUGUUCAGUGUGGGCUACUUGAUCCAGUGCUGCCUCCGAGUCCCUGCUGCCUUCAGGCAUUUGUUUACACAGCCUUCCAGGCUCCUUUCCCUCUUCUACAACAAAGAAAAUUUCCAGCUUGGAGCUUUCCUGGGUUCUUUCGUCAGUAUAUACAAGGGCACUAGCUGCUUCCUGCGCUGGGUGCGGAACCUCGACGACGAGCUGCACGCCAUCAUCGCAGGAUUUUUGGCAGGUAUAUCCAUGAUGUUUUAUAAAAGCACCACAAUUUCCAUGUACUUAGCUUCCAAAUUGGUGGAGACAAUGUAUUUUAAAGGCAUCGAGGCAGGGAAGGUGCCCUACUUUCCCCAUGCAGACACAAUCAUCUACUCCAUCUCUACAGCAAUUUGCUUCCAGGCAGCAGUCAUGGAAGUUCAGAACUUGCGCCCAUCUUACUGGAAGUUCCUGCUCAGGCUCACCAAGGGCAAAUUUGCUGUCAUGAACCGAAAAGCCCUUGAUGUCUUUGGCACGAGUGCAUCAAAACACUUUGCAGAUUUCAUCCCCAAACUGGAUCCAAGAUACACGACCAUAACACCAGAGAUGCCUGUGGAGCUCUCUUGAAGGCAGCUGUCAUCAUCUCUAACGUGACUUAGUGUUUCAUUACGUCACUGUGAAGAGUUCAUUAUGUCAGACAUGCAAAGAAGGGGGCCUGGACGUGAACUUCAGUGUUACUUCAAUGAGAGACGCUCUUUUUCGUGUUUGUUUUUCUUACCAAUCAGAGAUGCAGAAACUUUUUUUUAGGAAGGUGUUGCUUAAUAAUUAAGCUCCUUGGUAGCCAGAAUCUGAUUCUGGAUCAUUGUAGUGAUUGACAUGAUGAUAUAUGAUUGAUUAAAUUAUGUUCACAAGCAAUAUUAAAGAAUCUAUAUAGAGAUGUAGUGAAAAAUCAGAGUAUAUGUACAAAUGACUUUAAACAAAGAUUUUUUUUGUUCAUUCCAAUAUACUUCUUGGUGAAAACCGAGACUAUUUCUAUACUUUAGGAUGCAAAGGAUCACGGGUACAUUUCUAGGGUCUGUGUUCUUUCUAGCAUUUGGGUUGGUGACUAGAGUGAUGAAAUGGCCUAGGUAGAAAGCAUUCUUUCCCAGACAAUACUGCUUUAGGGUAGAGCGGCGGAGUUGGGGAAGGUGACCAUUCUGACUGCAAGGAUGCGGAGAUGGUUCUCUUACUGCUCGGAUUCCAUUCCAGGUACCCAGACCCCUCUCCACCAGUCACUUCAUCUCCUUCUGGUCAGCUGGGCAAGGCAGUGAAGUGGCCUCUGGUACUGGUAACCAUCAAGAAUAUGUGGGGAUCAACAAGUACCUGGCCACAUCAGUGUACGUAUUUCUACACUUGAAUAUUUAAAAACCCGUGGAGUCGCUUUUAUUCCUUGUAGGCUUGCUAUGUCUGUUUCCACUGUCCAGGGAUGAAUUCUCUGCCACUGGAUUUGUCUGCCACUGCUGACUGAGAAGGGAUCAGAAUCCCAUGGAACAAAAGUCAUGCUGGCCUGUCUCAUAGUUUGUCCCCUCUUAACUCUUACCUAAACACUGGAUUUUUUUUUUUAAUAGCUAAAGGCAAUGUAAAAAAAAAAAAAGAAAAACCAGUGGUUGUUUCAAAGUCCAUUUCAUCACUAAUUGGAUUCAGGGCCCCAUGCCUCUUUCCAACACCCAUUGCCCCUCCUUCUAUUAGAAUUUUAAAAAUGACAAAGUAUAGUCACUGCUGGUUAUGAAAGAUAGUCCAGGACAGCUGUGAUUGAAAUAUGAUCACACUCGAGUUUUCAGGGAAAGGCUAUACUUUCGUAAGUUAAUCAGAGGCUUCUGUAGUGAUGUCCACAGUUAAUGUAACACAUAGGGCGAAUGGUAUAUUUUUUUAAUAAUAAUUUCCUGCUGAAAAUUUUAGGUCACUGUAAAGUAAGUAUGCACUAGAACACGUGAGCAACAAGAAUUAAAGCCCAGGCUUUGAAAAUGCUUAACCCUGCUGGUUCUGUUUCCAGCCUUGUAAACGUCUGUUUGUAUGUAACCUGAUCUUUGGUUGUUAGGGCAAAUUGAAACCCAACAUAAAGACUGACUCUGGUACACACUGAGAGCCACUGGAGUCUAGUCAAAAUGUUGCAUCCUGAUUAAUUUUUAGGACUGUCAACUAGGCAGUACUAUCAAAGCAUCAUGCUUGUUUCAGCCUGUGAAGCUGAUUGAUCAGGCCCUAGGUUUAUUUUCUCAUGAAUCAACAUGAAGAUUGGUUCUGUGUUUACUUAUAAGAUGAAGUAUUACAGCAACAAAGAUGGCACUGCUAUCUCCUCCCCUCUCCUGAAAUUAAGUGGGUCACUUGUCCCCUGUCAGCUUAAGAAAAAAAAGAAACAAAAUGUUUUAAUCUAUAAAGUAACUGUUCUCAGUGACAUUGUUGUCCAAGGACAAACUGUACUUCAUUUGAUGUACAUUUGAUGUACUGUAUUUGAUGAGACUUUUUUAGUAAAAUUGCACUAAUGCAAAGGUG